AUGCCGCCGUCAUCGCGGGCGUUGCUUCGCACUAGUGGACCCAGAAUUACUGAUAUUUUGCAAAAAAGGUGGAUCACGAUCGGCGGAGAGGAAAAGAAUGAAAGUCAAGAAAAAUCGUUCGAUUCGCACGAACACAUUUUGAAGAUUCUUAAAGAAUCUAACAUGAUGACUGUUAUUCUCAGUCACAAGGAGUUGAGGGAACUCUUAAACAUAAACGUCUUUUCAAGUCAGGAGAGGCAUCUUUACGAUCCAAUAAGUUUGAGUGAAGAACAACCUCAGGGUCGAUAUCGUACAGCAAGACGUAAACUUUCUGAGGAUGUCUUUGAUGUAUUGGGCUUGGAUCCAUUGAAAGAAUAUAAGAACUUUACAAUGUUGUCAGCGUUCGUAUCUGAUAUGGGGAAAAUACUACCCAGAUCAAGAACAGGGCUGACUAUGAAAAAUCAGCGAAAGGUUGCUCUGGCAAUCAGGCGUGCUAGAUCUCUCGGUUUGAUUCCGUCUACUCAUAGAAGAAAUAUAGCGGCUGAAAAUAGUCAGUUCUCGGUUGGAAUCUCAUUACCUGAAUUGUCUUAA